UGUUUUUGCUUCUCAGUUUUUAUCAGAAAAUAAUCAAGAAUUUAUGUGCAUAGAUUCUAAAAAAUUACAAUUGUAGUAUAAUAAGCUCGAUAUAGUAUCAUUGAAUUCUGCUGCGAUUAUGGCUCAGUACGCUCCGUUUAUUCAACCCUAUAUAGAAUACAAUCAGAAUGGUUGGGGACCAUGUGAAGUGCCCGAGCUAGAGGUGCCUUAUCAGCCAUUUUGUAAGAGCGAUCGCCUGGGCAAGAUCAGUGAUUGGAUGGUCCCGGUGCAGGACAAGAAAUAUUCUAGCAAGUAUGCCUCGACAUUUGGCAACAACAGUCAGUAUGCGUAUUUUCAUGAAGAUGAUGAUGCCACCUUCCACUUGGUGGAUGGCAACAAUUUGCGAGACUUGAAACCUUAUCAACGCAAUCGCUAUCGUCCCAAUCAACGCAACAAUUUGCGUGGUCAUGGACGCAACGCUCGGGGCAACACAGUUGGUGGCGGAGGAGGCGGUGGUGUUGGCCUUGGUGGCGCUGGACUUGGUGCUGGCAAUAAGUAUGGCAAGGGGCGGGACAUGCGUCGUGGUCAUAUGGGUCGUCGCUUUAUCCGAAAUGCGCCAGUGCGUCUGCGAGAGAGCUCUGUUGUGGUUCGUUCCGACUGGGUGUCUGUGGAGGAGAUUGAUUUCCCUAGGCUGUUGAAGUUGUCGCUGCCGCACAUUAAGGAGGGCAUCGAUGUGGCCACUUGCGGCAGUUUGGAGUACUAUGAUAAGCAGUGCGAUCGCAUUAAUGUGAAGAAGGAGCGACCUUUGCAGAAGAUCGAUCGCAUCAUCACUGUGCCCGGCACUAUAGAUGAUCCCAUCAUCCGUCGACUGUCAAAGACAAUGGGUACUGUGUUUGCCACAGACGAUAUAAUAGCCUCCAUCAUGUGCUGCACUCGUUCCGUUUACUCCUGGGACAUUGUUAUCGAGAAGUUGGGCUCGAAGAUUUUUCUUGAUAAGCGUGACAAUGCCCAAUUCGAUUUGUUGACCGUGAAUGAGACGUCGCUUGAGCCACCGCAGGAUGAAGAUGGAUUUAUUAAUUCUCCGCAGAGCUUGUCCUUGGAGGCAACGUUGAUUAAUCACAAUUUUAGUCAGCAGGUGCUCAAGCUUGGCGAUCAGGAGCCCAAGCACAAGUUCGAAGAACCAAAUCCCUUCGAAGCACCUGGGGUUGAGCUAGCCUCCGUUGCUUAUCGCUAUAAGCAGUGGAAACUGGGCGACGAUGUGGUUGUCAUUGUGCGUUGCAAGCAUAAUGGCGUGAUGAAGACUCCUGGCGGGGAACUGCAGUUUCUUUCCAUCAAGGCACUCAACGAGUGGGAUUCAAAGGUGGCAAACACCGUCGAGUGGCGCCAGAAAUUAGACAGUCAACGUGGCGCGGUUCUUGCCUCGGAAUUGCGCAACAAUGCGUGUAAGCUGGCCAAGUGGACUGUGGAAGCGGUGCUCGCUGGUUCAGAUCAACUUAAAAUUGGAUAUGUUUCGCGAGUCAAUCGCAAAGACCAUUUGCGCCACGUUAUACUGGGCAUGCAACAGUUUAAGCCGCUAGAGUUUGCCACACAAAUCAACCUAAAUAUGGACAAUGCUUGGGGUGUGCUACGGUGCCUUAUCGAUAUUGUAAUGAAGCAGCCGGAUGGAAAGUUUCUGAUCAUGAAGGAUCCAAAUAAGCCGAUGAUACGCAUUUACGAAAUACCAGAAAAUGCCUUUGACUCGGAUGACAACGAAAAUGAGGAUACCAGUGAGGACAAACCAUUUACCAAAUAGAUAAAACGUUACAGUAUUUGUUUCUAUUCCAUAACAUAUAAUUUGCACAUAUAAUAUUUUAAGUAUUCAUUUCAGAUUAUACAUUCAUUAAUACACACAGUCAUCUGUUAAAAAUAGU